UAAAUAAAGGUGAAAUAAAUAAAAUAAAUGUCCAUUAUUCAAUCUCAAUUCCACAUGAUAUGGAAUUAAACGGAACUGUGGAUUGAUUAUGUCACCAUCAAUAGAAGAGUCUUUGGUUACUAUGGCGUUGUUAACCUAGAUGAACUAUUAGCUAUGCAGUCAUGAUUAUGACUCAAUAUGUCAGAACACUGAGCAAUACCACUGCUGUUCCGUGGCUCCGUCAUUCAGCCACAAGACAGAAAGUUGCCUGAAGGCUGUGGAUCAUUGUAUUGUUGACCCAGACGGAGUGCACUUCACAAGGAUUGUCUUUUUCUGAGAAAGCUAACCAUGGAUAACUCUCCUGAAGUGAACCAGGAGCAGGGAGACAUACCAAUGAUCCCAUUGGUCCAUGAGCCCAUGUCAGGGGAUGAGAUGCAGAGAACCCAGAACCAGGUGAACAACUUGCAGCAGUCAAUGAACCACAUGCAUGAGCAGCUGAAUUCCAUGCAGAGGCAGUUUAUUGAGUUGCAGAGUGCCCUCUCUCAGCUCCUUGAUGACAACAUGCCUGUGGCACCUGAAGCGGAAGGGUUCCAACCGAAAAACAUCACCCCUGCACAGUGGGACGGAAUCCUCCCGAUAGGAAUCAUCCAGAGGGAGGAUCCCAACAAGAACCAAUCAUUCCAACAAGGCAUCAUCCCAAUAAAAAACAAUGGAAUGGAACAGAUGGAAUGGCAUGGACCACCUCCACCUCCCAUCAUCCCCAUAGUGGGAUGCUGGGAUGCUGGAGUCAAUGCUCCACGUUGUGGAAAUUUCUAUGCCAGGAGAAAGGAUAUCCGGAGUAGAUAUGUGGCGGAUCCUGCUUUAAUGACCAUCACCAAGCCAGAACACUCCGAGGCCAAUCCUCAGAGCCAGGCUGGCAGUUGGCCGGUGGCUAAACCUCAGCGCCCAGCACCCCCAGUACAGAAAAGACCAAACAGUGGAGGCUGGCUCAGGUGGUUCUUCGGUGAAAAGGAAGAAGUUCCUCAGAUGACAAGGAUACUAGAUGAUACUAGAUGUUAACAGGCAGAAACUUGGCCCAGGCACUCUACCCUUUUGAGGUUCGACACUGAACAAUCCUUCCACUACGGUUCAUUUAAUUAGCUUUAAUUGACAGCAACGCCUGGCUGAAGUUGCCGUGAUGUUUACGCUAUUUCGUUUUGUCUCACAGGUCGUUUUCCAGGAGGGAUCAUUUGAUAUU